AUGAACCCCAUUCCAUCAAACCAGGGAGGCAAGUCCCUAUCAGCAUCGGCAUCCAGUUUCAAUCCAACUCAAUCCUUCUCUGUUCCCUCGCCAAGUUUCGAUUCAAACUCUCGUCGCGCCGCUGUGGCGAGUCCAGCUCUCGCCUACUCAGCACCGAGGAAGGGCCAGGCUUCUAGAAAACAACACAAGGAUAAGAAAAAGCCCCCAAGAGAGAGUCGGUUGGAUGAGGAUGAUGCCAUGGCUGAAUUUAGGGCUAUGAGAAACACUACGAGCCGAAAAGGUCAAACCUCGAUUACACAUCUUCUAAACUACUCUGCCCCCCUGCGUCAUUCUCAUGAUCAUGGGUACGGACAUGGGCACGGGCACGGCUACGGACGAUCUUCUCGACGACAACCUACGUGGGGACCGGGCUCCGGCUACCACCCGGUAGACAAGGCAAAGUUUGUGCAUGCCAACUAUCGCUUCGUCGUCGAUCCCCAAGGCGAAUAUGCUGCCCAGGCGAGCGACGCGGAUAAGCCUCUGGACUGGAACAAUGUCCAGCAGAUCAUUGCCUCAACCGAGUCGCAAUCGACGUCCUGUCCAAUAUGCCUUUCCGACCCAGUUGCACCCCGCAUGGCUCGGUGUGGACAUAUUUUCUGCCUUCCAUGCAUGAUACGCUUCAUGAACUCUACCAACGAUGACGAGGCAAGUUCGAGGAAGGAGACCAGAUACAAGAAAUGCCCCAUCUGCGAAGACUCGUUCAAGAUUCCGGAAACGCGACCGGUCCGUUUCUACGCCGGUCAAGAGAGCCCACUACCAGCACCGGGUCACGAUGUCGUAUUACGUUUGAUGGUACGAGAGUCAUCUUCGACACUAGCUUUGCCAAAUGAAGGUGGCACCGAUCCCGUCAAUGAGGGCGAGGCGGUGCCGUGGCAUUUUGCAGCCAAUGUCCUAGACUAUGCACGAAUCAUGAAGGGUACGCCCGAUUACAUGGUCGCCGAGUUUGAUAGAGAAAUAGAGGAUCUGCGAAAGCAGUCAAGCGAGGACGAGAUUCAAUUCGGCGCCGAAGACGGGGAUUGGACUAUACGAGCCAUUAGGGCAAUCACCACGGCGAAAGAUCGACUGAAGGAGCCCAAGCCCAGCGACAGUAGUGAUACUGCUGUAACGAACGGCUCAGGCAAGGCAAAGAGUAAACGGCCGGCAAGCCAUCCAUUCCAUUUCUACAGUGCGCCUCCGCAUCUCUACCUGUCGCCACUCGAUAUCCGGAUCCUAAAGACCAAGUUUGGGGACUAUUCAAACUUUCCGUCUACACUCUUGCCGCGCGUGGAGCACAUCUCAACGGGACACGUUGUUGAUGAUAUGCUCAGGAAACGGACCAAGUACCUAGCACAUCUUCCACAAGGAUGUGUGGUGAAUUUCCUGGAAUGCGACUGGACCGAAAUAGUACCAGCAGAAAUUCUCGGUACAUUCGCCACCGAGUUAGAGAAGCGAAGAAAGUCACAUCGGGACAAGGCGGCACAAGAGGAACGAGAGCGCGUGCAAUCAGAACGGCUCGAGGCCGCAUCCAUCGGUCGCAGUGCUAGGCACCAUUUCGAGACGAACCACGUCGAGCCUUACGACCCGACGCCAGCAUUGAGCUCAGAAGAUUUCCAACCCCUAGCCUCGACGACGCCACCCAAUCCCAGACCAGGCUUUGAACAGCUUGCUGAGAUGUCUACGAGCCCUUCUACCUCAAAGACAGUUUGGGGUACGCGGGUCGUCGCUGCUUCGCCUGAUCUUGGCGCAGUCCCUGAGAAAUCUGGAAAUGAUGGAUGGCUCAAUGAGGAUGAGUUCUUUGGCGCCGCAGAGGUUGCUCUACAGAUGGAAGCCUUCCGUCUUGAUGGGGAUGGCUCAGGUCCAAGUACGCCUGGGGCUGCAGGCGGAAAGAAGAAGAAGAAGCAGAAGCAGAAGAUUACGCUGAUGAGUACAGGCGGCCAUCGUGGCAAUUGA